UCCGCUGCCUCGGCGAUGCUGCUGCUUGUAUGUAUUUUGCUUCUCCUGUCGAGGUUCCUGGUAGUUUGAAAUAAAUACACCCAGCUAUUUUGUGGCUCCCAAGUACAAUUAUGCCAGGAAGUUGAUUCUGCAGCUGCUUGUGAAUGCAGUCUGAAGGCCUGCAGUGUGCCGGUGAGCGUCGGCCAGGACACAAGGGCAUUCAGUAACCAGGAAAAUAACUGGCUUUCUUGAGGAAGAAACAAAGAAGAAACCUUUAUGUUUUGCGUAGUUGGACAGCAAGGUAAUACAAUCUUGACACCUGGUUAACUUAAAGAAGCAUUUUUCAAAAUACCUCUUGACUGUGUGGAUCUUGUAACUCUGACACAAACGUGCCUUUGGACUUGUGCAAAUAAAUUGUUGGAAGAAUUGAUUGGGCAAAGCAGUCAUUGAAAGAGUGGCUGCUGAAGAAUCAUGACGAAGCAGUUGGAGAUCAUCAAUUUGUCAUUUUUGUUGGAACAUGAAAGGGAAACGAUAUUGGGAGUAUUGAAGAGAGAUGAGUAUCUGAAAAAAGUUGAAGAUAAAAGGAUAAGGAAAUUGAAAAAUGAGCUUCUGGAAGUGAGAAGGAAGGGUGGAAACCGUCAUUGUCAACAGGACAACAGCAGGAUCUGUGUUCGCUGUCAGAAAAGUCUGGGCUUAAUCUUUGACAGAGGAGACCUGUGCCAAACCUGCAAACUUCGAGUUUGCAAUAAGUGUCGUGUCGUGGGAACUGAUGGGCAGUGGAAGUGCUCGGUGUGUGCCAAGAUUGCACAGCUACGGAUAGUGACAGGAGAAUGGUUUUUUGAAGAGAGAGCAAAGCGCUUCAAACAAUCAAAUCUUCUUGGAACCGAUGUUGUCAGACAGUCUAUCCUACGCAAAUUCCCAGAUACAGUUUCCAGUAAGGAUGAAGGAAGAACAUUUAAAGAUCAACCCCAAGAGAAUGAAGAAAAAAGGCCAGAUGUAUCAGCUUCCUCCACAAACGGGCAUAAAUCAGUCUUCAGCGGACCUAAAAAGAUAGGGAAAGUAAUUAGGGCGGUUACCAAAGGAGAAAUUACAAAUGCAAAAGAUGAAGGUGAAAGGAACACAGGCUCAGCAGCUGAAACUCAAAGUCUGCGCAGUGGCAAGUCAACGCCUUGCUCUGAGAGAGGGAGCACUCUUUCGCUGAACAGCAGUGAUGCAAAGGCCACUGCAGGCCACCUGAAAGGGGCCAUGGGUCCUGUGGACAGAGGCAAUGUUUCCAUACCUUCCCUCCCGAGGUCUCCGGCACUCAGCACACGCAGCAUGACUGCAGAUUAUAGCAGGGAGACUGGCUUAGAAAAUGGCACGAUUAUUCCAGCAAGUGAAAGUGUACCUGAAGAUUUAGUAAAGAAGCACUGUAGGAAAGCAUCUGGAACACCUUCCAUUGCAGUUUCUAGGGUAUCUUUGUCAUCAGAUCGUAGCCGAUCUGAGAUAGAUUUGAGUGAAUCUUUCUCUGAAGGAAAUGAGGAUACUCUGAGCAUAAGAAGCAAAUCUGUACCUAGUGCCUUAGAUCAGGAACUGGAUUAUCUGGAUGAAACAGAAGAAGAUAUUGAUGACAUAGUGGCCUCUCGUUAUUCAAGGAAACAUGGACAUUUGACAAGUGGAUUAUCAACAAACUCCCCAGAAGGCUCUGACAGAAAAUGGACGUAUUUAAAUGUGCCUGAAACAGACGGUGAUACUACUAGCAUUAACAGCAUGCUGAGUGUGUAUAGUGAAACUGGUGACUAUGGCAACGUGAAGGUCAGCGGCGAAAUCCUUCUCAACAUCAACUACAGCUACAAAACAGGUGCCCUCAACAUCCUGGUAAAAAGUUGCAGAAACCUGGCCGUUGCGGAUGAGAAGAAGCAAAGGACUGAUCCAUAUGUCAAAGCAUACCUUCUACCUGAUAAGUCCCGCCAAAGUAAACGCAAGACCAAAAUUAAAAGUAACAGCACCAAUCCAGAAUUUAAUGAAACGCUGAAGUAUGUCAUCAGUCACACACAGCUAGAAACCAGGACCCUGCAGCUUUCUGUCUGGCACUAUGACAGAUUUGGACACAACAGCUUCCUUGGGGAGGUGGAAAUUCCAUUAGAUUCCUGGAACUUUGAAAAUCAGGGCGAUGAGUGGUUUGUGCUCCAGCCCAAGGUGGAGGUUGCGACAGAUGCUGGGCUUCAAUAUAAAGGAGAACUGACAGUUGUUUUACGUUACAUUCCCCCAGACAGAAACCUAAUGCUUCCUCUAGGGCAGUUUCAAGGAAAGAAGAGCUUUAAAAAAGGAAAAAAGCGAGACUCUCACAUGCCAUCUGGAGGUAUAUUAGAAGUCCUCAUCAAAGAAGCAAAGAAUUUAACAGCAGUGAAAUCAGGAGGCACAUCUGACACUUUCGUGAAAGGAUACCUUCUCCCAGAUGACAGCAAAGCUACAAAACACAAAACUCCCAUAAUAAAAAAGAGUGUGAACCCCCAGUGGAAUCAUACCUUUGCUUUCAGUGGCUUGAAUUCAAGGGAUAUACGUAACGUCUGCCUAGAACUGACUGUGUGGGACAAGGAGUCGCUCUCCAGUAAUAUUUUUUUGGGAGGUGUCCGUUUGAGCACUGGAAAUGGUGUAAGUAAUGGCAAGGAGGCUGACUGGAUGGACUCUCAAGGGGAAGAGCAGCACCUCUGGCAGAAGAUGAUUGACAGUCCUGGAGCUUCUGUGGAGGGGAUAUUAAUGCUGAGGUCCAGCAUGGGAAAACGCAGACUCUGAAAGACUUUAACUGUUGAGGGGUACCACAGGUACCCCUGACUUCAGUGGUGUUCAGGUUCUUGUCGCUUUGCCCAUUUGAAAGUGGGGAAGGGUUGUACUCUUUGCCUUGGAUAUUAAGGCUUCGAGUUAGAUUUUAAUACAUUCUGCACUUUCAUGCACACGUUUUUAACCCAGGCUUCUUGUAUGGAUUAUGUUUCUCCUGAAGCCAGUGAGAAUUUGACCUUGUAUAGAGAUCGGACUGGCUUCCUCUGUCCCUUCUGGUGACUGGUGUGCAGCUGAUGAGCACCUCUGCCUGUGGGGGGCACGGAGUGAGCAAAUUCUCUAGUUAGUCAUUUAGUAAGUAAUGCCUGGUUUACAUAUCUCCUUCUGGGUCAAAGAUGGCCUAGAAGACAGCAGUGAUACAGUACAAACAGAUUCAGAGUGUCUGUGGUUUGGUAUUUGAAAGAUAAAAAGCCAUAAUGUCAUGAAGGAUAACAAACAAAGUUUCUUUAUCAUGUUUGCUUGUUGGGCUGUGUGGUGUGCAGGAUGGCAGGCUUGGGACCAAGCAGCCCACCAAGGAAGGCCAAUGCACUGUGUUGCACACUAGAAAGAGGCAGCAGGUGAGCUGGUGUACAGUGCUGGUGUUCUGGCAUUCUCUGGGUUAUUUUAAUGCACUGUAUAAAAGGCAGACUUGGUUCAACGUAAUCAAAGAGCCUCUAAUGAAAAUAAACUGUAACAAAUCCUCAGUUUCCAGAACUACAUGGUAUUACUGUGUUUUUCAUUCAGUUGACAGCUCUAGCCAAGAUCCUCUUGAUAUCAUUGAACAGAGGGAAUAUGUUCACAUGCCUGUCCCCAUCUGAUGAGUUGCUGAGAUGAGACACAUACUGGGUUUGGACAUAGUUAGCUAAGACCUUGAUUCAACAUAUCGUGUAGUAAAGUGAUGUGAUUAAAGCACAUGCCAGAAUGAUUUGCACAACUGUGGAAUUUUCUCUGAAUGGGCUGGGAUCCCAUUCAGGCAUGCCCACGCACGUUAAUUAUUAACCAGAGUAGGAUUUUUUUCUCCUGAACAUCCCCUUGUGAGUUAACAGUGGAUUUAAUGAUAAGAGUGGGUUUUGGCUAGUUCAAUCAUUAAUCUUAUUAACCGUGACAAUUGUUCAACAGCAAUUUUGCCAUUUGGUUUCCUACAGUGAUUUUACACCUACUUAGAGCUCCCAUCCUUUGGGGACUUAGCAGGUCAUAUGUGAAGAGCAUGCUGUUUUGAAUAGUUGUUGUGGGCUACUCCUACCAUAAUGAGAUAGGAUUAUAAUCUCUUUUCAAGGACAUGUCUGCUUGCAAGAUUGGAUAAUAAUAUAAUUGCGUGGCAUGUGAUUGCUCAGGGUAUAAGACAAAGGAAGAUCAGUAAACUGAGCAAACAACAGUUCUCCUGAAUUUUUCAGAAUUAGAACACAGCUUCCUAUUUGAACUGGUAAAUUCACCUAUAGCUAUUCCUACCUUCCCCCCCGCAAUGUUUUAUUUUUGGAAGCAAUGUAGGAUUAGUACUAAGGAAAUUAAUUGAAAUAUAUGGAAACAUAAUCCUUACAUAAAUUACUGGAAAAAACCAAACUUUCAAAGAAUGUAUCAUUCCUUGUAGCUCAAAACACCAGUAUUCAAAGAUUUCUGUGAAGAAUAAAGACCAUAAAAUCUAACUUGUUUGAGAGAUACAAAUGUUGUUCUUCACAAUCCAGAAAUUGCAAGAAAUCUAGAUUGAACAACAGAACAUGAACUAAUAGCUAAGUAACUACAGCUGGAAAUUUUGACAUCUGUAGCUGUCCUAGUGUACAAUUAUGGACAUGUAUUUAGAGCUGAACCCAAAACCUUAAAAUUUAAUGUCUUUUUUUUUUUUUUUUAAGAUAUUUUAUUCUGGUUUUGAUUUGAGUGGCUUGAUACUGUGGGGAAG